AUGCGUGAAGAGUUAGUGAAGUGUGAGAGCGAGCUGGAAAACAAGAAGCAACAAGCCAUUGCCACCUUGUUAUCAAGAAAGAAUGCCAAACUUGCUUAUAAGAGGGCUCACUAUCACUCUCUUAUAAGAGGGCUCUUUGAAGCCAUACUUGCUUGGGACUUUCUCUAUAGUACCUACAAUGCACCGCCCUCUCCUUCCCCACCACCUGAUGCAGAAGAGUUAGAGAUGGGUAAUCUGUACAGGGCCAUAUCUGAGAACAACUGGUCCGCUGCAAAAGCAUCCAUUGCUCGCCUUCCUAAGAUAUUGGACGUAGAUUUUGCUGCUUCAACUGGCGAAACGCCUCUUCAUGGGGCUGUAAAGUUUGGGCAUGUGGACAUAGUGGAGGAGUUGGUGAGAUUAGUUUCAGCAGAAUAUCUUGAAAUAUACGAUGCUUAUGGGUGUACUCCACUUGUAAUAGCUGCAUCACAUAAUGGAGUCAUCCCAAUUGCCUCAUGCUUGGUCAACAAAAAUAGAAAUGCACUGGUAAUACCAAUGAGAGGCACUGCAUGUAUUCCUGCAAUAAUUGCUUUUCGUACUGGCCUUAAAGAAGUGGGACGUUAUCUCUAUGACGUCACUCCUUUGGAAGUUUUCAAACCAGAAAACGGCAUUGUGGGUUCUUUGUUCCUCCAAAGCUGCCUCGGCAGGGGUGAUCUUGAUGUUGCCUUGCAUUUGUUGCGACGAUGCACGAAGCUGCUUUUUGCUGCUGACGACACUGGAUACUCAGUACUUCAGUAUAUUGCAGGCUAUCUUUCCAGUUCUCUUAAUAAAAUUCAACUUCCGUUCUGGAAGCGAUGGGUCUAUCAACACUAUAUCAAAAUACCAUCAACCACAGCCACAGGGCAUUUGUGCGAAGCCAUUCAGCAAGAAGGCAAGAAUAACAAACCUCGUCAAGGGAUAGGCGGUCUACUCCAUCGGCUCAUCUCCCGCAUCUGUGAUUUCUCAGGGAUGAAGGAAAUACGUAAGAUGAAGCUGCAACAAGCACAAGCAGCUGAAAUUCUAAACCUAGUUUGCCAGAAUGCAAUAGUUUCGAAUGAAAAGAAGAAUAUAAUGGCAGGAGCACUGAAAACUGCAGCUACUGAAGGGAAUGUUGAGUUUUUGUUGCAAGUAGUGAAGGCAAACCCGCAAUUAAUCUCACUAUUCACUUUCAUUUGUCCUCCAUACUGGCCCGUUUUCUGCUAUGCUGUUGCAUCACGCAAGGCUGAGAUUUUCAACCUCCUCCGUUGUUUUCGCUUUAACAAUGUGGUGGCUGCGACGAUAGAUCAGUACAACAAUUCCUUGCUGCAUGUGGCUGCCUCUUUGGCUCCUGCUUCCUACCUUAACGGCAUCUCUGGUGCCGCACUACAAAUGCAAAGAGAACUGCAAUGGUUCAAGGCAGUGGAGAAGAUGGUGGAUCCUGGAUAUAGGUAUUUCGUAAACAAAGAAUCGUUGAACCCUUUCGACUUUUUCAAGAAAAACCACAACGACCUUAGGGAUAAAGGAGAGAAGUGGAUGAAAGACACAGCAUCUUCUUGCUCUGUUGUUGGGGCUCUAAUUGUUACCAUCAUGUUUGCCGCGGCGUUAACCGUUCCGGGAGGAAACAAUCAGAAUUCAGGGUAUCCAAUGUUUAUAGAGAAAAGAUUAUUUAAAGUUUUCUUAAUUUCAGAUGCACUUUCCUUGUUUUCUUCCACUACUUCUGUACUCACAUUUUUAGGAAUCCUCACCUCACGCUAUUCGGAAGACGACUUCCUCUACUCACUACCUCGAAAAUUGAUAAUAGGUCUUUCUACAUUGUUUCUGUCCAUUGCAACUAUGAUGAUUGCCUUUUCCGCAACUGUAAUGAUCAUGUUGCAAAGUAAACAAUCACGCUCAUGGGCUCUUCUUCCUGUUGCUAUGCUUGCUGGUGUUCCAAUAACUCUCUUUGUAUUAUUACAAUUCCCUCUUCUUGUUGAAGUAAUUUCUUCUACUUAUGGUCGGGGCAUCUUCAAGAAGGUGAAGAAGUGGCCAUGAACUGCGUGUGUAAUUC